AUGCAAAGCUGUAUGGACCAAGAAUAUGCUCAACAUAAGAACCGCGUUCAACAGGCCUUUGCCAAAAUCAUCAGUCGUCCAGACAGUGUGAAAAAAGACCGGCAGAUGGAUGAGAUCGCAGCAUGGUGGGAAAACACCGACAAGUAUUGUAAUUGGGAUCCUAAAACCGAAGGACAGGGACAAAUGUUAGAUGCACAGUCUUGUCGUCUGAACCUUCCACAUUUGUCCUUAAAAGCGGUUGGCCUGAUACAAAUGGCUGCACAGGCUUUUAUCUUCCUGACCAUUGCACUGGCCAUCAGCGAACUUUUAAAUGUCUUUAAUCUGCUUUAUCAACGUAAUCCAAAAUCACUGAAUAAGCCCAUCAAAGGCUAUCUUCAACUGAUCAAGCUGAUUCUGUUUAUCGUUUGUGGUCUGCUGAUCUUGGAACAACAGAAAUUAAAAGCUUUCCUGUUACUGGAUCAGUAUUUGGAUAAUAAACAAUCUGAAUUGGACAGCUUUAAUCAACAGUUUGAAGAUCAGUCAAUCUAUAACCAGCGCCGCCUGACCAAUAUUGGAACAUUUCGGGCCUAUGUCGAGUUCUACCUAAAGCAACAUGCUGGUAUUGCUAAAAACCAAUCCCUAAUUAUCCGUCAGUUACAGCCGACGAGUGAGGGAUUACCGCUGGAAAUCUAUGCAUUUGCCAAUACAACGAUAUGGAAUGAUUAUGAGGCAAUCCAGUCCGAUAUAUUUGACCAUCUGAUGGCAAUUAUUCCUGAGUUUGGGCUAAAGAUUUAUCAAGCGCCUUCUGGUUCAGAUUUACGUUCAUUGUCAAAACACACUGAAAGUAGCUCUGACCUUCUGUCCUGA